ACCGUCAAGUGUACCCAGUUUGACAUUUUCACCUUGAAAUGCGUAGAAAAAUUUCCGUUUCUUUCCAAAACUAUUGAAAAAUACUGAGCCUAGCAAGAUGGCCAAGCAUUUCUAUUCGUAUCAAUUCGACAUGCCUUAUAGGGCAACCUAUUUGAGAAACUGGGAAGUGCCUAAGUUCUACUGCCCUAAGCCUCGAAGAAGAAUAGGUGGUACUACCAUAAUAUCCAAUUCUAGAGGACAAUUGUUACCUGGAGUACCUAGGCCUCCUUGCAACCCUUUUGGAGACUUUACAGGUACUUGGCAAAUGCCAAAGCAAAUCACCCGAAAAGUGGCGAAUAAACUAAAUGGAUUAACUGAUAAGGCAGCUUUUAUGGAAAACUGCCGAAGAAUUGUAGCAGCUCCAUUGAGUAGGCCUGAGCGAUAUUCGAAAAAAGCCCCCGCAGAGUUAGUGGCCGAAAAUAAACCGGACGAGAAAAAAACCGAUGAACUUGAAAAGCCGAAAAAAGCUAUUUGCCCCAUACAUGAUUUCUGAAUUUCGGUUUAUAAUUCAUUAUCGAUAGGGCUCGAAUGCUUUUCAAUAAUAAAAUAGACUUUUCUCCUA